CAGUAGCCGCGCUCGUAAGAGAGUAAGAAGCAAUCUUGAUACCUCUUAUCUAUCCCGAGAUAUCCUCAAUCCUUCUUUACUUCUUCAGUUCAGAGAUUUGAUCUUUCCAUCUUCAGAGCAAGACGAAAAAAUUUCCUUUUUUUCUCCUGUUCCUCGUUGCUGAGUGAUUCUCGAAAAAAUCAUGGCGAUCUCCUCAAAUUCAAACAGAUCGCCGUCUCCUAAUUCAAGCAGAACGAACCCUAAUUCAAGAACCCAAGAAAGUAUUUGCAUUAGAAAGAGUUUCAGUGGUGAUCCCUUCACCAGACCUUCUAUCGUAUCAUACCCCAGAGGUUUCAAUCCAGUCACCCCAACCAACAGCCCUGCAGAUUUCUCACAAAGGAACACAGGACACAGAGAAGGGUUAGCAUCCCUGCGAAUUUCCGACGAGCAAAAAGAGAAUGAAAAAGACCAGAAUCUGAAGCCAGCGAAAGUAAGAUCAUCAGCUCUUUCAACGGGAACGAAGAGUUUCAUGGCUCCUACGAUUUCUGCUGCUUCAAAAAUCAAUCCAUCACCGAGAAAGAAAGUGUUAACGGAGAGGAAUGAAGCUGUCAGAACUUCAUUUUCUGCUGGAAAAUCUCCCUUCAUGGCUAUUAAUCCCUCUGACGUAACCGAAGAAGUCAGUUCGAAGUCAGAAACGAUUUUCGAUUCUAAGGCUUCCACAGAAGGGCCCAAAAACUCAUAUGCGACUUUGGUCUCUCCUCCUCCUGACGUUUUGAAGAGCUCUGCAAACCCUAAAGGCGAUUGGUCUUCAAUCGCAGGUGCCCUUGUCAAUUCUGAGGUACCCACAGAAACCCCUGACCUCUUAUUACUUUCUCCAGAACCUAGAACUGCGGACUCCAGAUGCAAUAACGCAGAUCUGGGGUCUGAGGUUAAGGGUUCUCUGGGUUCUCUUUCACCAUCCCCUGUUUUAGCUCCUUUGGAAGUUGAUCCAUCUCUUCCUCCUUACGACCCAAAAACUAACUACCUCUUCCCACGGCCACUGUUCCUUCAUUACAAGCCUAAUCCAAGAAUUGACGUUUACCUCAACAAAGAACGAGGGUUUGAUACCGGAGAGGGAAAGCAACUUUUAGAACAAUUCUCCUCGGAGAGUAGUUCGGAAACUGAAAACACUGAAGAAUCCCAAUCUCUUAGCCCUCAGGCCUCUGAAAUUAUAUCUGAAGAAGAGAAUGAGAACCGUUUUUCUGAGCCUGAACUGAACACUAGUCAAAACCAUAACGACGUUUUCCGGGUUACUAAGACUCGAAAGUUACAUUUCUUGGCGAGAUCCAAAUCCAUCCCUCUACUUUUGAUUCUUGUGGUUGCAUGCUUAUGCUUUCCAGUAAUUGAUACUCCCAUGAACUACCCCUCCCUGUUUAAAACUCAGACCUUCUCUAGAUUUGACUCCUCUGCAAAAAUCACUGAACUUCCAAAAACAAAGCUUGUUGUGUUAUCCUAUGAUGUAAUGCUUUGGUCAAUCAACUCCGUAUCAUAUCUUUCCAAGCUGAUUUCCAUUCCAAACCAAGUGGAACAAAUUGGUCCUCUGGAAUUCGUUAAUUCCACUUCUCUGCAUGAGGAAUAUUUGGCUGACCUGUGCCGAACAGUAGAUUAUGAUGACAAUCAAACAGAAAAAAGGCAAGAUGUUGAAACAAUGGAGAACGUGGAAGAAGAGAUUGCAGAGAAACAAACUAAUGUGGAGUUUGGAGAACAACCACAGCUACUUGUACAGGCUUCAGAUAUAAAACCUGAAAAUUCAGAAACACCACCCAACGCUGAGGUUGCAGAGAAAUGUAGCAACACAGAGAUUGAAGAACAAUCACCUCUACUUCCACAGGUUCUGGAUGUGGAAUCUGAAAUUUCAGAAGCGGACUCUCAGGGUGAAAAUGAUAAUGAUUUAUUUACCAACAUUGAGCCGACUAAUGCAGAACCCAUGGCCAAAAGUUCGGGUUCAGAUUAUUUGCAUGGAAGUUCUCAUGGGCUAGAACCACCAGAGUCUUCACUUCAAGGAUCAACUUUCAGGUUUCCAGAACAAAAUGUGCUGGGAAUUUCUUUGAUUGUUCUGGCACUGUUGGUAGCAGCUCUUCUCUAUCUCAAACAAAACAAGGCUUCUGAUCCUAAGGUGGUUGUACCGGUAGAGCAAGUGGCGAAGAAGAAGUCCAGCUUGUGCUCAGUAUCAGGUAGCAGUGACCAUUUAAAUCAUGAGACAACAUCCUUAAGGAUUUGGCCAGCAGAGGUUGAGAAAGUGGGUGAGUCAUGUCCAUCGGAGGUAAGUAGCUCCUUACAGGGGAGUUUAAACUGUGGGAAGAAGACUUCAGAUAGAGCUAAUGAAGUACAGAGCCAUGAAAGAAAGCAGAGGAAGAGUGCCAAAAGGGAGUCCUUGGCCUCUUCAUCAGAGUUCUCUGCUGGAUCUCCUUCUUAUGGAAGCUUUACUACAUAUGAGAAAUUCCAGAGCAAACAUGUAUCUGGAGAUGAAGGAACAGUGACACCAGUCAGGCGUUCAAGCAGGAUCAGGAAUCAGAUCACUUCCCCAUGAAGAUUAUUUCUACAUUUAUCCUUGUCUAGUUUGAGGUUUCUCUGUCCCACAACGUCUCAUUUGUGUUAUUUUGGUGCAUUUGGAUGUAAUGUGAAACAAUCUAUUAAGAAAAUAUAUGAGAACAGCAUUCUGCUGUUUUUCAUGGUUUCCAUUCA